AUGGCCUCCAAGGCAGUUGGAGAUCUUGUUUGGGUUCAACUAUGGAGAGGGACCAAGUGGAACUUCAAGGAAAAGGAACUCCAAAGGGUUUGGGCUACAAUCGCUGAUGGAGUGUACUCUUCCUCAAGGUCCAAGGCAGCUCAAAUCAGGAGCCCAGUCUUGAGAUAUGUGCACAAGGCACUUGCCAACACCUUCUUUGCAAGGAAGGCGACCGGGACAAUCAACGAGGGGGAACUCAAGUUUCUUGACAUGGGAAUCAAGCCCAUUCUCUCACGCACAAGCGAUGGCAAGAGGAUCAGGGGAGAUAGAUCUGACACAGGGAACUUGAUGCCUUCCUUGACAGGAAACUUGAUGCCUUUCCUUGACCAUCUCCUUACCUACAAGAUCACAGCCUACAACACUAGACAUCAACGAGGGAGGCGCCUAAGUGUUGGAGGGCUCAUCACUCCUAUCUUGUGUGCUGCUGGAGUGAACCCAACUGAUAGAGAGCCACUGAACCAGGUUCCAAUUCAAGUUCACACAUCCAUUGGCUGGCCCUCCAAGCUUCUCCUGCCUAACCCUGAGCUCACCACAGUAGUAAGGGGCCAGGAGAGUGCGGAUUUGGGUGAGCCUGAGUGCUAUUACUUUGAGGAGUAUGAGGCUCCAAGGAUGAACCCCUCUGUUGUGGCUGCCCACAAGAGGAUUGGACUUCUCCAAAAGUUCAACAAAUGGCAAGGGAAAGCCAUUGAGAAGAUGCAAAAGUCCAUGGACAAGAUGGUGAGCAAGAUCAAAAGUUUGGAGAAGAAGGUUUCUGGUUCUUCAAGCAAGAAGAAGAAGUCCAAGGCCCCCACAUUCCCUAGGAGUAGAUCUCCUCACCACUCCAAGGAGGCUCCCUGCCCAAGAGCCUCACAGAGCCUCUUCUUUCGAGCCAAGGGAAGGAGAAGACAACACGCAGAGAAGGAGGAAGACUUCCAAGGCCAGACGCUCCAGCUCGACCACCGGACUCGAUCGAGUCCAAACAGAGGAAACUCAACUCGAUCGAGCUGA